UUUGCUCUUUUUUUAUUAUUAUUUGUAUGUUUGGUUGAAUACAGAAUGUAUAAAGAUCUUCGUUAUAGAAGAACAUUUAUAUUCGUCGAAAAGAUUCCCAGUGAUGAUGGGAGGAUUCGUCUUUUGGUUUCUUUCAAUAUUUCUAGUUGUUCACCUUGUAAUUCCAUUGAAGGCUUUUUACGUUACCAACAGUGAACGUGAGGGACCAACGACUUGUGGAUAUCAAUCAUGUCCAAAAGUAGAUCCCAAAAAACUCAAUAUCCAUUUGGUAGCACAUACACACGACGAUGUUGGAUGGUUGAAAACAGUUGAUCAGUAUUAUUAUGGAGGUCGCCCUAAAAUACAAUUGGCAAGUGUUCAAUAUAUCUUAGACUCGGUAAUUGAAGCAUUAAAAGAAAAUCCCGAAAGAAGAUUUAUUUACGUGGAAACAGCAUUUUUCUGGAAAUGGUGGCAACAACAGAAUAACAAUGUGAAACAGAUAGUAAGAAAUUUAAUUAAUGAAGGGAGAUUAGAAUUCAUUGGAGGAGCAUGGAGCAUGAAUGAUGAGGCUGUCACUCAUUAUCAAUCAAUUAUCGAUCAAUUCACAUUGGGCCUUAAACGCCUUAAUGACACAUUUGGAGAAUGUGGACGACCAAAAAUCGGUUGGCAAAUCGAUCCUUUUGGCCAUUCACGUGAACAAGCUUCUAUUUUUGCACAAAUGGGAUAUGAUGGUUUAUUGAUUGGUCGAUUGGAUUAUAAAGACAAAUCACAACGAUUGGAAAAUAAAAUGACGGAAUUUAUUUGGAAAAGUAAUCCAAGUUUAGGAAAUAAGGCUAAUUUAUUUACGUCGGUUCUGUACAAUUUUUACAAAGCACCUUCUGGAUUUUGUUUUGACAUUGUUUGUGACGACGAACCAUUAAUAGACGAUCCUGAUAGUCCUGAUUAUAAUAUGGAUAUGAGAAUGGAAAUAUUUUUAGCAUUUUGUCAAAUUCAGGCUAAAUCUUACAUGACGAAUAAUAUUAUUCUUACCAUGGGAGAGGAUUUUAAUUAUCAAAUUGCACGUGCCUGGUUCGUUAAUUUAGAAAAAAUUAUUAAAUACAUUAAUCUUCGAAACAGUACGGAUUUCAAUAUUUUUUACUCAACACCAUCGUGCUAUAUUAAAGCAGUAAAUGAUUUUAAUAAAACAUGGUCAACAAAAGAUGAUGACUUUUUCCCAUAUGGAAGUGAUUCACAUUCAUAUUGGACAGGAUAUUUCACCUCAAGACCGACUCUCAAAUUUUUUGAAAGGCUCGGAAAUAAUUUCUUACAGGUCGUAAAGCAACUUUCUGUAAUAAAUAGUAUUGUUCCUUUAAAUAAUGAAUUGGACAAAUUUCGCGAAGCAAUGGGAAUUUUACAACAUCAUGAUGCAGUUGCCGGCACUGAACAACAACACGUUGCCAAUGAUUAUGCUCGUAUUUUGCAUCACAGCAUUAAAGGUGGUGAAGAAAUUGCAAUUAGUGCUCUAAGAAAAUGGUUGAAUAAGAAAAAGAAUGACAAUGAAACGUCAACUAAUUUUCACUCUUGUCUUCUAUUAAAUAUCAGUUCUUGUCAAUAUACUGAGGAAAAUGAAAUUUUUGUCAUUACUUUAUAUAAUCCGACGAGUCAACCCCUCACAACUUAUGUGAGAUUACCUGUAACAAACACUUCUUACACAGUCAUUGAUUAUUUAGGCACUAAAAUUGUAAAUCAAGUGAUACCAAUUCCAUUGGAAGUGAUAAAUAUACCGGGUCGUCUGAGUGCAGCCAAAUAUGAAUUAAUAUUUUAUGCUGUUGGCAUACCGCCACUAGGAUUUCAGUCUUUUCACAUCAGCCAAAGUUCAUCAAAUUCGAAUAUUUUCGAUAACGAAAUUUCUAACUCUAUGGGUGGUGAUAUGUAUAAUAUUUCAGUAGACAAAAAAGGACACGUCCAUGUAUUAUCGAAAUUAAAGAAAAAUCUCAAUUUCAUGCAAUCAUUUUCUUUCUAUGAAGCUGAGCAAAAUAAAGAAAUUAAUUUUCUGCGAAGAAACUCUGGUGCCUAUGUUUUUCGGCCAAAAGAAAAUACAACUGCUAAAUCCUUCGAUUUUAUUGGAAGCUUUAAAAUAUUUAAAGGUCCUUUAGUUGAGGAAAUUCAAGUUAAAAUCAAUGAUUGGAUUAGUCAAAUUAUUCGAGUUUACAAUGGACAAAAAAAAAUUGAAUUUAAUUGGCUCAUUGGACCAAUUGAUGUGUCAGAUAAUGUUGGCCGAGAAAUAGUGACGAGGUACACGACGGAUUUAAAAUCCAAAGAAAUAUUUUACACCGAUAGUAAUGGACGGCAAACGAUAAGACGUAAAAGAAAUUUCAGGCCCACUUGGAAUCAAACAUUCGACGAGGCAAUUUCAUCAAAUUACUAUCCAAUUACAACAAAAAUUUCUCUACUACAACAACAAGAACAAUCGGAAAGUGAAUUAAAACUCAGUGUUUUUACUGAUAGAUCUCAAGGAGGCACAAGUCUUCAGGAUGGCGAAUUGGAAUUAAUGUUACAUCGAAGAUUGUUAAGGGAUGAUGGUUUUGGAGUUGAAGAGCCUCUCAAUGAAGAGGCUUUUGGAAAAGGUUUAGUUGUCAGAGGUCAACACGUUAUAUUUUUUGAUGAAAUUAGUGAAAACUCAGCUUUGGAUGAAAAAACUCAAGCUCUACAAUUGUCCCUAAAACCUUGGAUAUUCAUUACUCCUCUUCAAGACGUUUCCUUUGAUCAGUGGAGAGCAAAUUUCAAAAUGCAAGAAAGCAGUCUUAAUACAGUUUUGCCUCAAAAUAUUCGCAUAUUAACAUUAGAACCUUGGAAAGAUAAAAGCGUACUAUUAAGAUUAGAACACAUUUUUGAAGUUGAUGAAUCUUCAAAAUAUUCACAGCCAGUGAAAAUUAACAUUAAGGAUUUAUUCUCAACAUUAAAAGUAACAUCAGUACGAGAAACGAAUCUUUCUGGAAAUCAAUGGCUUGAUGAUGUGAAUAUUAUCAAAUGGAGAACUAAUGAAACUGAAGAAAAUUUCACUCGUGAUGAAAAUUUAUUAUCAAAUAAAACAAAAGUUAAAUAUAAAAUCACUAAUAGUGAUAAUAUUCCCAUUGACGAAAUAUUUGUUCAACAAUUGCAAUUUAGAACAAAACGCAAUGAAAAAAUGAAAAAUAAUGAACAAUUUAUCAUUAAAAUUAAUCCCUUUGAAAUUAAAACAUUUGUCGUGAAAUUUGAUUCUCAAUAAAAAAAAAGAAGUUAAUAAUCAAAUAAAAAACAUUUUUUCCAUCAAAUAUUGAUAUAAGUAGUGAUAAGUUUGUUUUUUUACUUUUUUAAAAACCUUUUUUAUCAAGUAAAAUAUAUUUAAAAAGAAGAA